AUGUUUGGAGUACACCUUCGUCACAAGAAAAAACCACCCUGCCUUGAUCGAUCUCAUACAUCUCCUACUGAAGUUCCAUUUUCUAUUAAUACUGGUUCACGAAAGCGACAUAUCGAUGAUGCCUUAGCAUCAACUGGCAAUACAAACACCGAUGCCCUUUUAGCAAGUAUUAGCCGAGUCUCAGGAGUUGUUGAAGGAGAAGUGACAGAUGAUCUGGAUAUUUUGCCUAUGUUCACCAACAAGCGCUUGAAAUCUGAGUACGAUGGAGGAGAACAAGAUGAUAGCGCCAUGAUAGAGGAUAGCAUCCUUGAUAAUUUGAACCCGAUCUCAGUUUUGGAUAACGUUGCUGCUCUAUUUGCAUCUGAUGGCCGUAUUGAAGAUGCCUAUGCUGACACGCAUACAGAAAAACCUUUGAAGAGUCAAAGUGCAAAGGCUUUAAGCAGCGCGAUCUCAAAGAAGCGUGUUCUCGGCGAGUGUAGCAAGUGUCAAAAGCCAGUAACAGCAGGAGCUCGUCAAAUGCACAUGUUCUUCCAUUUGGCUAAAGAUCAUGGGACUUUCCGUUUCCGUUGCCUUUUCGAGGGUUGUACCGUAGAACAUUAUCGUAAGGAUCAAAUGGAAAAUCAUCAGUCGAAGAUUCACGGCAAAAUUGAUCCAGAAAUGAUGGAAGAUAGAUCUCUUGAAUUGUUUCAUCGAUGUCAG